GCGGGAGUGGGGAGGCAGGGAGAGCCCAGGGCCCUUCAUUCUGUCUGGGUCUUCUGUGCGGGUCCUCAGCAGCCGACUGAGGGCACAUGCCCGCAGGGCUGGAGCCAAGGUGGGAGGCCUGGGCCCCGGGGGCGGGACAGCGCGGGGUGCAGUAGCUGCUCCUGCCAGGGUUACCAUGUCGAGAAAAACGGCAGCAGCAGCUGGGGACCCGGGUCACCCACUGGCCUGAGGCCUGCCCGGCACUGGCUGGCCAGCAGCUGGAAGGUGAGCCUAGCAGGGCCUGACACUGUCUCCAUCUGCUUGCGGGGCCCAGGGAGCGGUGGUGACCUUUUCCAGAGCCCGGGAGGUGCAGACACGCAGCCUGUGGGGCUGGAGAUGGACCGUCUGAAGCCCUUGUCUAAUGCCCUCUUGGGGAAGAAGCCCAAAUUGCCACUGCCCCAAGAGCCCUCUCCAGCUCUGAGCCCGACCAUGGCCUGGGACCAGCCCGGUGCCCAGGGCGAAAGGCAGCAGCCGCAGACGCAGGACUGGUGUGGAAUGCUGUUCCUGCAGGCCGGCCUGCAGCUGGCCCCUUGUCAGGCAUCGCCUCCAGCCUGGCUGACCAUUCCUUUCGUCCCUGUGUCAUCCUAUCCUAAGACCCACAAGACCUACCUUCAUCUGCAGUGUUCACCGUGGGCCCCCGUUGCCUCACACAGUGAGGCCAUGUGCUCACAAAGGGGCAAGGAGCUCAGGCUGAGGCCAAGGUCUAAGGAGACCUCCCCCGACGGAGGGUCCGCCAACAUCCAGCCUCUCAGCAAGGGCUAGACAAGCUUAUGCUUCCUAACAAUCUCACUGAAAUGACCGCAGAGUGUUCUGAAGAAGUCAAGAACCCACAGAACAGCACAGGAUGGCAGGGCUGGUCAACAGGAGUCACAUUCUGGUGGGCAGUCACAGAUUGGGCAGAGCUGUGUGGUGGGGUGCAGCAGAAACAGGUUGCUGCCCUAGCUACUGAGCCCCAGUCCACCCACAUUGCUAAUCCAGUCUUGGUGCCCUAUUCCAUACCAACUGACGGCUAAGCGCACCAGGCAUUUGCAGAAAAUCUCUAUCCUGAAGGAGUAAAACUAGAAACAACCAGAACCACAGCAGUGCCAAGCAAAACAAAACAGAGCUGCAGGCGAGUCACCAUCCUCACGGUGACCUGUGCCAUCUUGGAAGAACUGGCCAUGCAGCACCACGGAGGAAUGUGAGUGUGCCUGCUCAGUGUAGGAGAAUGGACCGGAACCAGUCUACAGCAGAGGGUUCGGGAAGAGGGUCCACACAACUUCGUGCAAAGCAGUGGCCUGCAUGGUUAUAAACAGACUCCAGAAGAAAAAUGAAAAAGGCCAAUCUGAAAAUGGGAAUAAACUUAAUAGGAAACAGGCAGACCUUUAAAACAUCCUGGAGCAUUACCGAGAGCCUUGGCAACAGGAAGAGACACCCAGUUCUUGGAGGGGAAGACUCCCCAGCACCAGGGGUCCUCCUCAGGGAUUUCACAAUUCAGUGUCAUCAACAGUAAAAAUGCUAAAUGUUUGGGGCACCUGGUCAGAAGAGCAUUCGACUCUUGAUCUUGGGGUCGUGAGUUUGAGCCCCACAUUUGGUGUAGAGAUCAUUAAGAAAAAAAUAAACUUAAAAAAAAGGUAAAUGCUUGUCUUCUCUUUUUCAGUAUGCCAAACUGGUAAAAUAGAAAAAAUAAUCAAAAAUAGGUUCAGUCCUAGCAGAUGUGAAUUCAUAUCACAAAAUGUCAGUUAGCAAAGCAAGGGUCCUGGCGUGUGAUGCAUGAAUAUCAAGACGGAAAAGUAAGUCUGCAAAUUGACCCAAAUGCCCACAGACACUUAGCGUAGGAUGAAGAUGAUAUCUCAGAUCAGUGGGGAAGAUGGACUUUGUCAUGCGGGGCAACGGUGUAGCUAUCUAGAAGACAGAUAGU